ACAUUAGGCUUUUUAUGCAUCUUCACGUUCUCAUUUUGGAGCAAGAGGAAACAUACUGUCGGUCUCUUUCAGUCCUUUAUACGAAAGCCAAUUGAUUGGCUCGCUCAACGACCAAUACAAAAGACUCUUUGUUCAUUAGGUCGAAAUUUCUUGGACCUCGGGCUGUGUUUCCGGUGGGACCUAAGCCUGCAUUAUCUCCGCAAAAAGACUUCCUCAGCCCCUUCUCUGGGUGCUCGCUGACCAGUUGGUCGAUGAGAUGGCCUGUGGCCUGCAAGUCAACCUGAUCCAUUUUACCGAGGGUGCCAGUGGAACCAUAUCAGGAGGGGAGAAUCUCAGAAUCUGGCAGAGUGUGGAAUACAGACAGGCUUCUUACAAUGUUGAAAAGAGGGAAGGACCCCGAAUUAUUUUUCUGUUUCCAUUCAGAAUUGAUACUUUUAUCACAACAGACUAUUACCAUACCUAUUUCAGGACAGACCCUGUCCAUACUCUAUUCAACUUUCUCCAACAUCCAGCCAUGUCUCUCGAUAUUUAUUUCACUGGCGAUAACAAUGUCAAAAAUGACCUCGGCCCUGAGGUGAAAAGCAUCACAAUUUAUUUCAUUGAAGAAAGCCCAGUAGAGAUCCCUACAGGUGAAAAGAGGAUCUUAAAAGGCAGAUCUGAGUGAUGCAUUGUCACAUACAAUGAUUAAACCAGAAAGCGGUUUGAUGCAAAAACUGGUUAUCAGUUCAAGGAACUAGUUGACGUUACUAUUACUCAGUAUGGUAACGAUAUCCGAGCAAAAUUCCCGUCGGGAGUUGCUGGUGAAUGGAAGCUUGUGGUGUAAAUAGGCAUGUAAGUGUAUAAUGAGCUACAUAUAAUAUGAGGUUGCUAAUUUUUUCAACAUCAGUCAAGGACAACUGUCAGGCAUAAAAAAGUCACUUCAAAAAGUUACCAAAUCUUGCGUGCUCAACCACGCUGAAAAUAACGGAGGAUUUGAACACAACUUGUGCCAGAAUGUCAAGAGUCAUGUCCGGGACUUUGCUUCAAUUUCCUCUUGAUGUUCGCUAAUUUACCCUAUGUUAUCUCAAUGUUGAAAACA